GACUUUUUGUUUGGCGAAGAACAAGUGCAGCAGGGUUGGCAAACUGUUACAACUGUCACUCCAGUACUUGAGCAGCGUUUCGAUAUUUGAUGCAUUCGGUUGGGAAAGCGGUAAAUGCAAGCCGCUUGAAAUAUUACUUUUAUUUUAAAUAUAAUUAAGAUAAUUGUAAUUUUUGUUAAAAUAAUUUACACUCAAAGCCCCAAUGGAAAAGGUUGGACGAUUAUUUUCCAAUUCUCCAUUAUCUGUGAUCGAUCAUUCCGUACGUGUAUACGCUGCUUCAACGGGCGACACUGCCAGUACGAUGUAAACAAUUACACCAAGUUGUGCUAUGUUGUGCUAAGUUAUCGAAAUCAAUUCUCGUUGAACAAAUCGUGAACGAUGGACGGAACGGAUUUCUUGCUCGGCGGUAUCGGUUCCAUGGGAGCUACGCUGAUAACGAAUCCGCUUGAGGUCGUUAAAACAAGAAUGCAACUGCAAGGCGAGCUGGCAGCGAAGGGAACGUACCACAAACCUUACCGCAGCGUGAUCGAUGCGUUUAUUACGAUUGCUAAAAACGACGGAUAUGCAGCGCUGCAAAAAGGACUAGCGCCGUCACUGUGCUUCCAGUUUAUUCUAAACUCGUGCAGAUUAGGCAUAUACAAUACGGCCAACGAGCACGGAUGGACCAAACAGAGGAACGGUAAUCAAUCGAUCCUAAAGAGUGCCUUCUGGGGUGCGACUGGAGGAUUUGUUGGAUCGGCUUUAGCCAGCCCGUUCUUUAUGUUACGCACCCAUCUUCAAUCGCAGGCAAAGGCAGACAUUGCGGUCGGCUAUCAGCAUCAACAUACCGGAAUGAUAAGUGCAAUGAAAGACAUUUUCAAAAACCACGGACUGCAAGGACUUUACCGCGGAGUUGCAGUAACCAUGCCACGCGCCCUGCUCGGCAGUGGAGGCCAAUUGGCUGCGUUCGGAUAUACGAAAGAUUUCCUCAUACGUCAUCCGAUUGUGUCGAAACAAACUGACACAUUUGUGUCCACUGUUGCCGGUGCGGUAGGUGGAACGGUAAUGGCCAUCACAAUGACUCCACCGGACGUUAUAGCAACGAGACUCUAUAACCAAGGCGUAGACGCAAAGGGUAAGGGCAUUUACUACAAUGGUGUAGUAGAUUGUUUCAUAAAAAUCCUGAAAUCGGAAGGAGUCGGUGGCCUUUAUAAAGGGUUUUGGCCCCAUUACAUGCGGAUCGGUCCGCAUGCAACAUUGGUAUUACUGUUUUUCGAUGAAUUGAAGUCUAUGCGUAGAAAAUAUUAUGAGGCUAAAUAGAAUACCUGGUUGUGCAGUGUGCACUUCCGCUAGUGAAAGACUUUGUUAUUUGUAUAUUAGAAGCUCAAAGGUAGUAGAUAGUAUAAAAUUAUAAACGGUUUUGUGCAAUACCAGACAACGUUAUUGAAUAAAAACAUUACAAAAAAUAUGAAAACGAGAGGAAUUU